GUCCGCCCAGCGCUCGCGCACUCGUGCGCCGUUCCGUCCCCGGCAAGCCAGGUUCUUUCGCUGCUCCUCUGGCGGCCCGGCUGGAGUCAGAGGCACGAUGGGCGCGCGGGGCGGGGCGCGAGCGCUGGAGUACCUGCUGGGCCUCUACUUCGUCAUGCACGUCCCUAUCACGCUGCUCUUCGACAUGCAGGCGUUGCUGUCUGCGGACUUGUACCCGACCGAGUUGACAGACAUGCUGAAGUGGUACGUCCAGGCCUUUAAAGAUCCCCUGAUGCUGAACCCUCCCAGCUGGUUCAAGUCGUUUCUUUUUUGUGAGCUUGUGUUCCAGCUGCCUCUCUUUCCCUUUGCAGCAUAUGCCUUCUUCAAAGGAAGUUGCAAGUGGAUUCGAAUCCCUGCGAUUAUCUACUCAGUUCAUACAAUGACGACGUUAAUUCCAAUUAGUGCUCACAUCCUGUUUGAAAAUUUUGCCCAAGGACCUAGGACAUUCCAAGAACGCCUCAACCUUUUAUCCAUCUAUGCCCCAUACUUCUUCAUUCCACUCAUUCUCCUGUUUUUUAUGCUUUGGAGUCCUCACUACAGCACUGAAGAGAAAAGGAAAAGGAAAACAAGGUAGAGAGGGAGAACCCCCUAGUCCUUGUAUGGGCUCAGUCUCUCCAGGCCCCACUUGAAACACAUCAGCAGCAACCCCCAGAACAAGCCAGCAGGCGCAAGAACUCGGGCCAGUUUUUACCUGCCCACAGAAUUGAGAAUGACGUAUGCCCCGAAGAGAGCCGGGGAAACACUAUUGAACACCCGGUGUGUGCCUCAGGUGUCAUUUCACGGUUCACACCACCAGAAUCCCCAGAACAAAAGUAUUCUUUGAAACUACCUAUAAUCUGAACGACCAACUAUUUGGUGCUCUUCUCUCCAAGCCAUAUAAUGGGACUGGUCAAAGAAACAUGUUUCUCAGGCCACAAUUCUUCGUGAAGUUGUUUUUCCCAACCUAAAUCAGACCAAACUGGUGCACAAACACCUGAUCUCUGUCACUGGCCUCAUAGGCCCAUGGGCCGAAUAAACUGGAGUGUUGCAACAUCCUUGUCGAUUUCAGACUUAUGCUUUUAGAGCUGGUUUUAAAGGAUCAUGAACUACCCCCCAUUCUAGGGGCACUUCUCCAAUGGGAAUGGGAUUUUCUAGGUUUACUUUAAAAGGGAAUUAACAUUCAAUGGAAAAGGCUCUAAAGUUUUUCCUUAAGGUCCAUUCUCAUCAAAGUCUUCAUUUAGAAUUAGUCUGACUGGUGCUUCUGCUGAGUCUUACUGAUUUCCUAGAAUCCUAGGCCUCACAUCUCUUUAGAGGUCAUCUGACCUAAACCCUGGUCUCCAAGCAGUGUGAUCUUGCUCAUUCUCCAAAACCUUCUGUUCAUCAUAACCCACUGUAGUCCACUGUCUUGUCUUUCAUCGUGAAACAGUCCCCUUUCCUGUAAGAAUUUAAGUCUCCAUCUGCUAAUGGAGAUGCAUAGUAGCUGUUCACCACAAUCUGUUAUCCCUGCAUGUACUUGGAGGUAGUGACCUAGUGGUUACUUUGUUCCUCAAAGCUAAGCUUGCCAUUCUCCAUGAUAGAGCGGAGCAAGCCCCAAGCAACCCUGCCUGUGCUGUGUGGCAGCUCCUGGUGACCUGGGUGCUGAUGCAUGCAGCAUGCAGGGUGGCACCCCCAAGACCUCCCUGUGGGGCUCCACUCUCUUCAGGACUCUUGGAAAUUCCUCCAGCUCCCUUCUUGGAGGCACCCUGGCAGUCUUCUUGUCAUGCCGCCACAGCAUGGGUUCCCCCCAACUCCCUACCUCUCCUUUGGCCCUCUUUCUUUGGGAGUGGUAAGCAAAUCAACUACCACUCCUGGGAAGGUGAUGUCAAUCACUAUCCCCGUUACUUCCCAGACCAAAAUACUCUUCCCUGGUCACUACUACCUUGUAUGUGUCAUCUUCCCAUAUUGGAAUGUAACCUCCUUAAGGCAGCCUUUGUUUUUUGUAUUUGUGUCCCCAGUGAUUAUUCCAGAGCCUGGGUAAGCAUUUAAUAAAGGCUUUUUCAUUUA